AUGACUUAUAGGCCCUUUCGGAAGAACUUAUAUCGCUGUUUCUCGAAGAGCAGCGCAGGAGCGUUGAUAUGCGGUUUGAACCAUACUGGUACCCCACUCUCAAAAUUGGAGCUUCUAUCCAAUUUUCGGCAACAUAGCAUCUUUUACCAGAACAAACCCACGGCCCUGGUCUCCGCCACUGACCGCCCCAUCGAAGCCCUUCAUCGCGCUUUCGUGAAACACUACCACUCGGAUGACCGAGCAGAUGGCAUUUGGAUCGCAAUUAUUUCGGUCCCGGUGGGAGAAGAUGGCACGUUGCCCUGCCAUCAUGCUCGGGACCUUGCUCUUGAGUUGGGGUAUAAUCCUGAUGAUGGAGACAAAUUCAUGCACGAAUACAUAUUUGAAUGGGAAAUCGAACACCAGUAUGUGGAGCACAUGGUUUCUGUCGAGACACUUUUGAACCGCGGGCUGGAUCUGGAUGCCUUUCUCCAGGACGAUCGCUUGCCCAGCCUUCGAGAAUUCCGAGACUUGAUGAUCAAUAUGAUUGUGGAUCCUCGCGCGGACGGAUAUUCUGCUGGAAGAGAACUAGGUCGGAUGGCGCGCUGCUUUGGUGCUAGAGCUCCUGUGGAAGAAAUCGCACGUAGUUUUUUGACGGACUGUCCCGCAAACAUCUCUGUCGACCACGACAGACAGGACGUGACAUGGAAAAGGAGUGGAUAUGGCUCCGUUGAUAUGGACUACGAACACAUUUACUGGAUAAGACAGGGUAUCGACGAGGUCCUUUUUGAUUUAUGGCUUGCAGACAGCUACUUCAUGGAGGAUUGUGUUGCACAUUCAGAGCUGGUCAAUGACUUGACCUCCGAAAUGGAAAUAAUGUGGGAGCUUUACUGGGAGGAUCCUUGCUUCGAGGUGCGGAACGGGGUCAAAUCGGAUUCUGCCACAGAUGAAGCACGAAAACUGCGGUCCCGGGAGCAGGAAAUCCACGACCUGGUUGAGAGACACGCGGUAUCUAUAGGUCUGUGAUUACGAUUUCUCGUAGUAAUGCAUAAAGAAG